AUGAGUCGUCCACUCGAUCCAUCGAGCCUGCUGGCCAGAGUCAGUCAGAGCGUCCCCCAUGAAGCCAGGCUGGAGAAGCCGAUCGCCGUGCUGGCAGUAUUGCUCCACGCAAUUCAUGUCAGUCUAGGCUUUCGACUCGUGUCGCCUCAGCCUGGCACAGACGGUGUCGAGCUACCAUCAGCGAUACUGGCAUCUGGCAAGGACUCAUUUGCUUUCAAGUACCGACAUGAGCAGUCUUCGAUGGAGUUCGAGCUGCAUGUCCACAGACUCGGCGGUAGAGGCGUCGCCAACGCCAUCGCUACAGAGGACGAUCGGACGGCCAGCCUCGACAUCGCUCUGCUCGACUACUUCUCGCCAAGUUCCCUGCCUUGGCCUGCUGACGACGCUGCCUCUUCGGAGCCAUCGACAUCAGCGGGCGGUCCAUCAAGCUCGAGCGGGCCUGCACCAGAGCAUCUCUUCAUCCACUUGACGCGCCUGAAAGAUCUGACGGCAUUGUACCAGCUCAGGGUCAUCCAGAGACUCAUUCCCGGGUUGAGGAAAGAGGGCUACAGUGAGAUCCAAGAGGAGGACACGCAGACGACACAGAGUCAGCCUGUUGCUCAGCCAGGAGGUCGGGGAGGCUACUAUCCUGAUCCGGGAGGCCCGAUUCUGCCUGUUGGUCCUCAGCCGUCACGCGAGCCAAGGUCACCUCUGCGAGCGCCUGAUCGGACUGUGCCGGAUAUAGGUCGUUCAGAUCUGCUACCCUUGGGCGGUCUGGGCGGAACGACAAACCCCUCGAGAGACGGACGAUUCACAGGGGGCGACGGCAUGCUCGUUGGACCUGACCACCCGCUGUUCCGAGACCGCUUCGCGAGCGAUCCCAACAAUCUCCUCGCUAUGCCCGGCAGAAAUGGCCCGACAGGCCCUUGGGGUGGCGACGGCUUCCUGCCUCCGAUGGGCGCCCCGCCAGGUGCUCGCUUUGACCCUGUAGGACCUGGACAAGGGAUACCGAGACCGAGGGGGCCGAACGGACCUUUCGGCGGAGGCUCGGGUGGUUUUGGUGGAAGUUCGGGCGGCUUUGGUGGCGGUUCAGGCGGCUUUGGGGGCAGGGUAGGCGGGGACCCCGAUAACGACGAGUUUAUGCCACCCGGAAGCAAUCCCGAGUAUGACAACAUGUUCUCUUGA